AUGGCUGAUAACGUGUCCGCCACCCCAGAGUCGUCAAGCCGGGGUCGUGGUGGUCGCCGCCGCGGCCGCGGAGGGGCUGCCCCCUCCGGCCAGCCUAAUGGACAACAUUCUGCAGGAGAGGCUACCAGAGGAGCCAGGUCUCGAGGCCGAGGAGGCAAGGGAUCUGGAGGUCGUGCUAAAGAGGGCCUAGAUGGCGCUCAAGAUACCAGUACUCCGACUGCGCCGGCCUCUACUACGACUACUGCGACGGUCGGAUCCAAGAUCCUCCCCGCUGCUACUGAUGACGCCGACGAUGGGGAGGUUUGCUUCAUUUGUGCGUCCAAGGUUGAGCAUACAUCCGUAUCUCCAUGCAAUCACCGAACCUGCCAUAUCUGCGCCUUGCGACUCCGCGCAUUAUACAAGAAUAAAGGCUGCGCACAUUGUCGGAGUGAAUCGAGCUUUGUCAUCUUUACCGACGACCCAAACCGACGAUUUGAAGAUUUCCAGAAGAAGGACUUCGCGCGGACCGACGAGAACCUGGGGAUUCAAUAUGAAAAUGAUGAAAUUUUUGAAGAUACGGUCCUCUUGCUGCGGUAUAACUGUCCGGAUGAGGGCUGUGAUGAGGCCUGUCUGGGCUGGCCGGAUCUACAUCGCCAUGUGAAGAGCAAGCAUGGCAAGGUUAUGUGUGACCUUUGCACACGAAACAAGAAAGUCUUUACUCACGAACACACCCUUUUCACUCGAGAGGAACUGCGCAAACAUGAAAAGCAUGGAGAUGAUAAGCCUGGUACCGUCAACCAGAGUGGAUUCAAAGGUCACCCAGAGUGUGGAUUCUGCCACCAGCGAUUCUACGGGGAUGAUGAACUGUACACUCACUGUCGAGACCGCCAUGAGCGAUGCCAUAUCUGCGACAGACGAAAUUCCAACCGACAACAGCAAUACUACGUGAACUACAAUGCCCUCGAAGACCACUUCCGACGCGAUCAUUUCAUAUGUCUCGACCAGGAAUGCUUGGAGAAGAAAUUCGUGGUAUUUGAAUCUCAGAUGGAUCUCAAGGGUCAUCAGCUUGAGGAGCACCCUGAUGGUGUGUCAAAGGACAUUCGCCGCGAUGCACGACUGGUCGAUCUGUCCGAGUUCGAUAAUAUCCGCAGUUCUUAUCAACCACAGCGCGGUGGACGACGGGGUGCUGGUCGUGGUCGCGACCCUAAUGCGGAGCCAAUACCCGCCUCAAGUGCACAGCCAUUAUCAAGAGCCGAACUUGCUUACCAGCGGCAGAUGGCCAUCCAAAGCGCGCAGUCGGUCUCGACUCGUAGCUUUGGUGGUCAACUCACUAGACCGGAAACGCAACCCGUACAAGCACCAGCCCGAUCUGCGGGUGCUACGCCGGUAUCAUCCAACUCACGUCCUCAGGCCCCUCCCGCCGAGGAGCUUGAACGUCUCAAUCUUGCGGCCCACCCAGAGUCAUUGGGUCCGCAAGACCAAGCGCGAAAGCUCCGCCAUACAGCCGUAGUAGAGCGAGCCUCAAAUCUCCUCCACAACGAUGCCACAAAGCUUACAGAAUUCCGCACUCGAGUAUCCAGCUACCGAACCUCUGCAAUCUCCGCCACUGGACUUAUCGACGCAUUCUUUUCUCUAUUCGAUACGUCUAGCACUGAACUCGGCAAGUUAAUCAAGGAGCUCGCAGAUAUCUACGAAGAUGAAUUCAAGCGCACCGGCCUUCUCCAAGCCUGGAAUGACUGGCGCGCCAUCAACGAAGAUUAUCCCGCUCUACCCGGACCUGGCGGACUUUUACCGGGAAUGUCACCGGGCACCGUGAAUACAGGCGGCAAGCGCGUUCUGCGUCUGAAAUCGUCUACCGCGCAAUCCUCGCGCUCAGCCGUCGGGCGCAGCGGUGCCCUGCCAUCAGGAUCCUCCAAUCCUUUCCCUCCUCUCUCCGCUGCAACAGGACCCUCAUCUGCACGACGAUCUCAAGCCACAGCAUCUACGCCCUGGGCCGCAUCUAGUACCCCUCCUCUUGUUCGACCAACCUUCCCCGGUCCCAGCCGUUCUUCAUCAUCCACCCCUUCCAUAUCUAUUCGCCCCUCACCUGUCAGUGCCAGUGCCAGUGCCAGUAGCAGUACUGGUGCGGAUGCAUUCCCAGCUCUCCCAGCUGCGGUGAAACCGAAUGUGAUGAUGGCAGGUAAGACACGCGGAUAUGUUCGCUGGGAUGAUCGUCGGGGACCGGCACCGAGUGCAUGGGGCUCGAACCCUUCAUCGGGGUUGGCAUCACCGGCCGAACCGGCGGAUUCGGGAUUUGACGAGGAAGGAAGUUCGGGGAAGAAGGGAAAGAAGAAGAAGGGAAAACAGACGCUUUACCAUUUUGGUUAA